UUGUGAAAUGUGAUGUACACUAGUAUAUUUGUCCGUUUGCGUGUUGUUGUUUAAUACGUAAACACGGCGCUGCCCGGACCUGUCCGUAGCGGCCUGGUGACGGGGACGUGAAGGCGCUUCCACUGGAGUGAGUCGGGAAUCUCAGAUAAUCAGAUUCGAGUCCACUGUCCUGGCAUGGGGGACAUGAAGACCCCCGAUUUUGAUGACUUGUUGGCAGCAUUUGAUAUUCCUGAUAUCGAUGCCAAAGAGGCCAUACAGUCAGCACCAGAAGAGGUGGAGGGACACCAGGGAUCAAGCAGUGGGUCCAUCACAAAAUCAGGCGAGAGCGGAGUAGGCAGCAGUUCCACCCUCAGAGCCCCCAGCCCGGCCAACGAUUCACAGAGUGACCCCUCAAUUGUUAGUGUUAUUGUAAAGAAUCGGGUGCGUAGUGAAGCCUUUGAAGGUGGUGAUGUAGCAGUGUCGGAACCACUCAACCAUAAUGGAUUUGUGUCCUCAGGUGGGGCAGGUCAUCUGUCUCAGUCCCGAAACCAGCCAAACGGGGAGCAGUGGCCUCUGUGUGGCUCCAAAGUGACUCCGGACUCCACAGGGUCAGUGCUCGGAUGUGCUAACACCUCCAAACAGAGUAGCAACAUCUUCAACAAGCUAAAGCCUCUGAUGGCUCAGGGGACUGGGGAUCCUGUUGGUAGGGCCAGAAGGAUGCAGAUGCUACAGCAUGCACAGCAGGAAAUAGGAUUAGAGGGAGCCGACAAGACGAAGAGCGCUGCUGUUCCUGGGGGCACGGGCGGAGGGGCUUCUCCUUUUUUUCCUGCUCCCAAGCCAUACCUGCCAAAUUCUUCCAAUGUUUCUUCAUCACCUUCAUCUGCCUCUCCUUCGGUUGGGUCUCGUGUCUCAGGGGCUGUCGCUUCUUCACCACUUGCUACGAGUUUGACAGAACCAUUUAAUGGCACUCCGCGCCACAGUUCAUCAGAAUUUAGGCGUAUGGACUCAGAGGAGGAAGAUUCAGACCCGGAUUCCGGGGGGUCACUGGUCAUUCAAGAAAGUCCAGGCUCUCCCACCUCUCCAAAACGUUCACGUAGACUUAAGUCUCCUGCAGAGAGUUCAGAGUCCCCAUCACUUCCCUGCUCUGCACCCAUGUCUUCAGCUGCUUACCCCAAACCAGGGGACAUCCCCUUGGCUUCACCUGCAUCCCCUCAGGUGCAGAACUGGCUCUCUUCACCUGUUCAGACAGGGAAUGUUAAGAGCCCCCCACCAGAAGAGCGAAAUCCAGGACAUGUCAUUGAGGAACGUGACUCACCAGAAAGUCCAGAGAGCGAGAUGCCCAAAAUUUCUGUAACAAUGCCUGCAGCUUCCAAGAAGUCUUCCAGCCCAGCACUGAUUGCUUCUUCUCCACCUACAAGUCUUCGAGAACCUAAGGAGGAGGAAGAGGAGAUGGAGGUGGCCAAACCAGUAAACGAGGAGAAUGGAGAUACCACUAAUUCAGUUCAGGACAAUGGACAAAAAGAUGAAGAAAAAAUGGAGGUGGAAGAUGAGAACAAUUCUGCCCAGUGCCUCGCUGCCCCUAAUAGCAGUGGAGGUGCUGUAACCGACGCUAAUGGAACUUCCAGACCACUUAAAGUCCGAAUAAAGACCAUUAAAACCUCCACAGGCAGCAUCACUCGAACAGUUACCCAUGUGGCAGGUAAAGGAGCUGCAGGAAAAGGCACAGAUGGUGCAAAAGUGCAACCAGAAGGACAGGCUGUCAAUACUAACAAAACCCAACCCACUGGUCGAAUGGUUAAAGGUUCCACCCUGCCUGUGUCCACUUUAGGAGCGAGCAGUGCCAUGCUAGCUGCAGCAAGCAAAGCUCAAAACAAAAGCUCUAUGUCAUCUGACAAAACCAAGGUCUCUGCCACAGCCGUCAGCAUUACGAAAGCUGCCAACCUGCCAGUGACACCUACAGUUAGUGGCAUUAGUGUGCGUGCCGCCUCUGGGAGGGCGACUAACGGAGGUACGCCUAAUGUUCACAUACCUUGCAAGCCAGCCUCUAUUGUCAACAGCACAGGGGCCGUUAUAUCUCGGAGCCAGUCAAGCUUAGUUGAAGCCUUCAACAAGAUCCUGAACAGCAAGAACCUGCUACCAAGCUACCGCCCUGAUCUCUCUACACCUCCACCACCUGAGUGGGGUCUCCCCAUGCCUGCAACAGGCUACCGCUGCCUGGAGUGUGGGGAUGCUUUUGCUCUGGAGCGCAGUUUGGCACGUCACUACGAUAGGCGCUCCCUAAGAAUCGAGGUGACCUGUAACCACUGCGCAAAGCGCCUGGCCUUCUUUAAUAAGUGCAGCCUGCUGCUGCAUGCUCGGGAGCAUAAAGAGAGAGGACUGGUUAUGCAGUGCUCACACCUGGUCAUGAGACCAGUUACUGUAGAGCAAAUGAUCGGUCAGCAGGAUACCACCCCAAUUGGCAUGCUCUCGCCUCCACUCUCUUCUCCUGCUUUGUCAGCUCCUCCUAACCAAUCAGGGACACCCUCGAUCUCUUCCACCCCAAGUCCACUAAAAGAGUCACCCUCACAAGGUCCAGUUGCUUCCCAAACUAGUCCAGCUCGCCGCGGGCCUCAGAGUCCUCAUGUCCUAAUGCCUCUUCCUUGCAAAAAGGGUGAGGUUCUUCAGUACAACAACUUCAAAUGCCCUGAAUGCCAGACCCAGUUUGUAGGCAAGGCUGAGCUAGUCGCCCACUUCCAGCAAAUCAGACCUACCCCUAAUUCAACCUGUAUGCUUUGCUCUCCACCAAUGAUGCUUCCUAAUGGGUGCAGUGUUUCAGCUCACCAGCGAAUCCAUAAGCACCGGGCUCCACACGUGUGUCCAGAAUGUGGUGGGACUGCCCGGCAGGCCAGUUUUAAGACUCAUUUAGAGGAGGCCUGUCUUCACUUUGCCAGACGCAUUGGCUACAGAUGCUCCAGCUGUCAGGUGGUGUUUGGUGGUCUGAACUCCAUCAAAUCUCACAUUCAGACUGCUCACUGCGAAGUUUUCCACAAGUGUCCACAUUGCCCAAUGGCCUUCAAAUCAGCGCCCAGUGCCCAGGGUCACAUCAGCACCCAGCACCCGACCCUCAGUGCUGCUCAGGCCAAGAUGAUUUACAAGUGUGUGAUGUGCGACACAGUCUUUACCCAGAAGCCUUUGCUCUAUAUGCAUUUUGACACUCACCUGGCCAAGCAGAAAGUGCAUGUGUUCAAGUGUCCAGACUGCACCAAGUUAUAUGCUCAGAAGGGAUCUAUGAUGGAACACAUCAAGACCGCUCAUAGAGGCCUGGCAGGCAAAACAGAGACUCCACCCAGUGCCUCGUCUCCUGUCUCGGCCUCGAGCGCAAACCCCACAUCGAGAAAGCAAGGACAAGGUGAGGGGGAGGAAGAAGAGAAAGAAGAGGAAGGAGAUGAAAGAGAAAAUGAAGAGGAGGAGGAAGAAGACAAUGACGAGGAAGACCAUCCCAGUUCCCCAGACAGUGGGAGCAGCAUGUGGAGAUGCAGGGAGUGCAAGACACGAUACACCGAGAGAGAUGAUUACAUUGACCACAUGAAGAAUGAGCAUGGCACGUCGAUAAAGAAGUUUCCAUGUCGGAUGUGUGAGCGCUCCUUCAGCUCGGCCAACAGCCUGCGUCGCCAUGUCCGGGUCAUCCAUGAGGGUGUCAAGAGAGUCUUCCAAUGCCAAUACUGUUCCGAGGGCAAGCGAACCUUCAGCAGUCGCCUGAUACUAGAGAAACACAUCCGAGUCAGACACGGCAUCCGAACUAGACAGACGACAGAGAAGCGGAACACCACAAACACAAGAAAGCGCUCAGCACCAGGAGACGGAGCAGGAAGCUCCUCUGAGGUUGACUACGAGGGUGGCGCUUCCUCAGUUGGACCAGGGGCCGAUGUGCCGGAUACCGGAGGGGACGAGACGACGAGCCAGGCCAAAAGAGCACGCUCAUGUGAUAAAGAAGAGGAAGCAGAAGACGAGGAAGGAGGUUUUCGCUGUGCACCGUGCGGCUUCAACACGCUAGACGCUAGUGAGUUCCAGCAGCACAUUCUGAAGCACCGCGACAGUGAGUCAGCAUCACAGCAGUGUGUGCAGUGUGGGGCCUGCUUUGCCUCGGCUGCCUCACUGAGCCGUCACCGUUUCAUUACACACAAAUUAAGGCAGGAUCAGCAGGACAGCAGCCAUACAUCACACACACCCAAACCUGGAGAGGACGAGAAGGGUGAAGACGAUGGUGAGGGGAACAUGAGCUGCAGAGUGUGCGGACGCCACUUUGACAAGGCCUCGGACCUAAACACACACUUUCGCACACACGGCAUGGCCUUCAUCAGUGCACACAAGACAGAUAAGGUUGUGUGAGGAGAGGUACAGAGAACUGCAGCACAAAAGGAAGAGGUGAACAGCUCUUUGUCCCAUGGGCAGCGCUUUUGACUAAAGACUAAGCAGAUGCACCAACGCCCAGCUUCACAGCAUUAUAUUUUAUUGCCCAACACAAUUAACCACAAUUAACAGCUGCUGAAAAAUAAAAACUAACACACUAUCAAGACACUAAUACUGUAAAGUCCAUUCUGUUGUAACCAGUCAGUCUAAUAAAAGAGCAAGAGUUGAACUCAUCAAUAACAUAAUUCUGAGAAAUCAUAACUGGUGAUUAUAUCUUUAUUAUUAUUAUUAUUAUUAUUACUCCUGAGAGUAACGGAGUAACAGUUGGCGCAGGGUCACAGAGGUGUUCACCGCUUUGAGACGAGUCGUUACAGUCGUAGCUGCUCAUUGUUCAGCACGGUUUCUCCUCCAGAACCAGACCUGGAUCUCAGAUUCCCAAACAGAGCAUUAAAAAGUUACAUAAAGGUGCUAAUGAAGCCUUUCUCCUGUUUGUAUAAAAACACUGAGCUGUAGUAAUGAUAUUGUAUCAGCCUUGUAUUAUUGAUAUUUAUUUAUAUGAAUUGUUGUACUGAUUGUGAGUCUUCAGAUCGAUUGAUUUUUUUUUUGUGUGUGUGAGAGACAAAUUGUGAAAGUAAAAAUGGCUUUAUGGUUGUUGAUGUCUAAACCCAGAGGAUCCUGUGCAUAUGUGGAGAAAAGAGCUCCUAAGGUAAGAUUUGUAAAGUGCAAAUGGUUUAAUAGUCACAUGGUCAGUAGUUUCACCACAACCACGUAACCAAGACGUGUAGAAACGGAGCGUGUUUAAAGUUUGCUCUGGUGUUCUUUAGAAAACAUGAACAAGUUCAGUCUUUUGUAUGUGUAUUUUUUUUUUCCUUAGCUGAUUUCAGAUGCCCAUAAUGUAUAAAAUUUCAUUUAUGCCUGAGGAUCUGGUUGUAUUUUUUAUGAAUUUAUUGUAAUUAAAAGCAGACAUUGAGUGUAAUGGAUUGCAUAAACGUUACACACCAAUACAAAUGUUGCUUUUUGUCUUUAACUGUAGUCUUUUUCUAUCAAAAGUGUCUAUGCUUGUUAAAUGCCAUGUUUCUUAAAAAUGCAUUAUGGUUUAUAGUGUGAUCUUGUGAGACAUCUGAAUGUGAGUUUCUCAGUUUCGUCACAUGUCCUUUUCAUAAGGUUUAAUAUCCAUCAUCUGGUGAACUUGCAUCUGCCUGCUUCACUGCCAUACUGUGUGCGUCAGUUCUACUUUAUUGUUUCUGAAUAAAGUGGUAAAUUGUCACAGUA